UUAAUUACGUUAAAAAUGUAUCUUAUUUAAGGAAUGGAUCCGAACUGGCGACACAUAAUACCACCAGGCCAAAAAUAUGUUGUUUCCGAAGGUCAGUGUAUUGAGGAUUGCACAGCACACGCUUUUCCACCUCAAGGUGUCAAUAUUUUUGCUGUGAUGAUGCGCACACACCAAAUUGGAAGGGAAGUGAAGCUACGUCAGAUUCGACAAACUGAAGAAUUUAUUCCAAUUGCACACGACAGCAAUAUUGACAUUGCUUAUGAGGACUUCCGUCGUCUGCCUGUCCCGGUGCGUUCAUUGCCAGGAGAUAGACUGAUUGCAGAAUGUAUUUAUGAUAGUUCGUCACGGAAAGCAAUUACUCUAGGUGGACUAACUAUGAAGGAGGAAAGUUGCACGGUGCUUACGCUCUACUACCCGCGCCAGAAAAAGCUUACAACAUGUCAUUCUUUGCCUAGUUUGCCCACAGUCCUUCAUUCUCUGGGUAUAGAACAGUUGGCUACUGAUUCAAACCCGGUUCUAAUAUCGUCACCACCGGAACUAGCUGGCAUGACACUAGAAACCAGGCUUAUUACUUAUGAUUGGCAGAACCAUUUCAAUGAAUUUCAGGAAGCUACUAGAACUGGAUCUUUUAAGCCUCUCUGUUGGGGUGCUAAAAAUCAUGUUAUACCGGUUUGUUACUAUCAUAACUUCAACUAAAUUUUAAUUUUGAUUAAUAUAUUCUAUUUAUUUCAUUUUCAUUUUAAG